UUCCGUGAGGGGAAAAGAGGUGUGCGCUCAAGCGGGUUCGGGGAGAGGCUCGGCGAAUUUGGAGACGACCGAAGAUGAGUGGGUGGCAUGACGAGUACCUCGCACACAGGCUCCCGCACUAUGCCUUCUAGAUGUGGGCAGGACUCCGGAGACCCCAGGAUAUGUUGAACAAUGACCGUGCUGCAGCAGAUUAACCGGUCAUUCUUCCAAAACCCUGGUGAUCGUUCGUCCAAAGCUCCAUGGGAUUGACGUGUUUGUGGAGAAGAUGGGCCGUAUGGGGUCCGAGCUUGCCGUCUGACAUGCAAGGGUCAAAAUUAGGUCGUCGUCUAGCAUCCAAGACGGUCCAACAUCGCCGCUGGUCACGAUGCGAUGUGGCAGACAGGAGGCCAUUUGUCCAAUCAUCCGAUCCAAAGGUCCUCCUUCUGCGUAGGCGAGAGAUCAUCGCGGUACUUGGCUUCGCCACUGGCUGCAAUGGGCAGCGCCAGGUUGGGCAGAGUCUCGUCCUCAUCCCUUUUGUGUUGCACAUUGACUCGAUGUCUGGAUCUCAUAUGCGUAAGCGGGCAUGGAGGCAAUUCAGACUGGGAUCCGGCUGGAAAGCGGACGUUGUCUCCAUGUUUCAAUUAGAGGGUCGCCAUGAUGCAGAACGAGAAGCGUUUGGUCUUACCCGCUGUGGAGCCGGACCUACCAUGGUAAACGAGGACGAAUGGCUCACUGAGCGACAGGACCCAAGAAGCAAGUUCAGACGUUAUUAGACUUUAUAUCAAAAUGGUGGUGGGGUUUUAGAUCUGAUGUUGUGGUGCCGACCGGUGCCCUGUACCGGUAGAUGUGGUAUGGUAUUAGUGGUAUGUAUGCGAGAAUGCGAAAAGCGGCAGGAGUCUUUCCUGGUUGCUUCCGAACCGAACCGCGAUGGACAACCGUUGCCUGGAUACGUACUGCCGUUUCGGCUAAACUGGCUUUCCGCGACGACGCACG